AGCAACUGGCGUCCAGGAACAGGGAGAGCUCGAUGCCCCCUCCCUGUGCCACCCCCCAUGCUGCCCCUGUCCCGCUGGCUGAGAUCUGUGGGUGUCUUCUUGCUGCCAGCCCCCUGCUGGGUGCCCCGGGAGAGGUGGCUGGGUUCCCUACGGCGGCCCUCCCUGGUGCAUGGGUGCCCAGUCCUGGGGGCCUGGCACAGUGCCCGCUGCUGGUGCCAAGCGUGGACAGAGGAGCCUCGAGCAUUUUACUCCUCCCUCAGAAUGAAUGGAGACCAGAAAUUGGAUGUUUAUGCCCAAGAAAGGCAGGAUUUCAUCCAGCACUUCUCCCAGAUUGUCAGGGUGCUGACUGAGGAGGACAUUGGACACCCAGAGACAGGAGAUGCUAUUGCCCGGCUCAAGGAGGUCCUGGAGUACAAUGCCAUCGGAGGCAAGUACCAUCGGGGUUUGACAGUGCUGGUAGCGUUCCGGGAGCUGGUGGAGCCCAGGAAGCAGGAUGCUGAUAGUCUCCAGCGGGCCCUGACCGUGGGCUGGUGUGUGGAACUGCUCCAAGCCUUCUUCGUGGUGUCAGACGACAUCAUGGAUUCCUCCCUCACCCGACGGGGCCAGAUCUGCUGGUAUCAGAAGCCAGGCAUAGGUUUGGAUGCAAUCAAUGAUGCUUUCCUUCUGGAAGCAUGUGUCUACCGCCUGCUGAAGUUCUACUGCCGGGAGCAGCCCUAUUAUAUGAACCUGAUCGAGCUCUUCCUGCAGAGUUCUUAUCAGACUGAGAUCGGACAGACCCUGGACCUCAUCACGGCCCCCCAGGGCAAUGUAGAUCUUGGCAGAUUCACUGAAAAGAGGUACAAAUCCAUUGUCAAGUACAAGACGGCUUUCUACUCCUUUUACCUUCCUGUAGCUGCUGCUAUGUAUAUGGCGGGCAUUGACGGGGAGAAGGAGCAUGCCAAUGCCAAGAAGAUCCUGCUGGAGAUGGGAGAGUUCUUUCAGAUUCAGGAUGAUUAUCUUGAUCUCUUUGGGGAUCCCAGUGUGACAGGCAAGAUUGGCACUGACAUCCAGGACAACAAGUGCAGCUGGCUGGUGGUUCAGUGUCUGCAACGGGCCUCUCCGGAACAGCGCCAGAUCCUGCAGGAGAACUAUGGGCAGAAGGAGGCCGAGAAGGUGGCCCGGGUAAAGGCGCUAUACGAGGAGAUGAAUCUUCGGGCUGUGUUCACGCAGUACGAGGAGCACAGUUACAGCCGCAUUAUGGGUCUCAUUGAGCAGUAUGCUGCGCCCCUGCCCCCAGCCAUCUUCCUGGGGCUAGCAAACAAGAUCUACAAGCGGAAAAAGUGACUUAGAGACUGUGAAGGUGGAGAGGGGAGGCUCUCAAUAAAUUGUUGUCUAACCUGU